UUUGACAAUUCUGACGUGACAGUGUGGCCUUUUUUCGAAACUUUUAGAGAAACGCUCGCCGCCACACCGCCAAGUUGCUCAUCCUCGAACGCGUCCGAGUUCGACAACAUGUGGCUAUUUUGUUAUUGUCCCGCACUUGAGUCAUCAGUAUUUGUAUCGUUGUUAUGACGUGCAAAAAAUGUGAGAUUUUAACCGCAGGCAACCCUCGGUUCGGCAGGGCCAAUAAAAGCAUCGAUUCUCUUUACAUCGAAUUGUAUUCGCUCCGAGAACACAUCCGAGCAAUUGGUCAGCAGGGAUCAUUAGAGUUGUAAAUUCGAUCGUCUCAGAGCUAAUCGAAAAAUGGGGCCCGCACGGCCAUUCGUAUUCGGACUACUCGUGUUUGGAAUCGUCGCCAUUACUCAUGGGGAUGAGUGGGUCUCUAAGAGCUCGUACAGCGAACAGGUCUCUGAUGGCAAGGUCGUGACUUCUUCUUCGAACAGCGAUUCACAGUUGCGCUCGAUUUCGUCAAGCGACGGUCGUAACCAGCUGAAUCCGGCUGGUUUGUAUUACAACCAGGUUUGGCCAGAAGAAGGCUUGCUCACCCGAUUCAAGAGAGAACCCCGAGGCGGCGGAAGGGGCGGCGGCGGAAGGGGAGGCGGCGGAAAAGGCGGCGGCGGAAAAGGCGGCGGCGGAAGGGGCGGCGGCGGAAAAGGCGGCGGUGGAAAAGGCGGCGGCGGAAAGGCAGGGAGGGACGCAUUAAAAAAAGAGGCUGCGCGUUUGGCAAGAGAAGAAGCGCAACGCAGAUUAGAAGAAGAGAGAAGGAAACGAGAGGAAAAAAGGAAUGGCUAGGAUUCACAAAGCGUUAAAUCAAAAGUCGCGUGUGACGCUCCGAAAACAUUGAAACGCUGCGUAUCACAUGCAAUUUUGACGCGCUAAAAAAUUGAAUCUUUUGUGUAUCGUAAGCGAAAGAAAAAACAUAUUUUUCGAGGAA